UCCACAGGAAUACAGCUGAGAGGUGCAAACUGUGUGGACCCCCAUGGCUGAGAAGAUCCCAGUGCAGACUGAGCUGUGGAAUGGGGCUUCUGCCCAAGAUGCUUCGCAGGUCCUCCAGGAUAGCUUGUUCUCCUCUGAAAGUGACAACAGCCUGUACUUCACCUACAGUGGCCAGUCCAACACGCUGGAGGUCAGAGACCUCACCUACCAGGUGGACAUGGCCUCCCAGGUGCCUUGGUUUGAGCAGCUGGCUCAGUUCAAAAUACCUUGGAUGUCUCAAAAGAGCAAAGACUCUUGUGAGCUGGGCAUCCAGAACCUGAGCUUCAAAGUGAGAAGUGGACAGAUGCUGGCCAUCAUAGGGAGCUCAGGCUGUGGGAGAGCCUCAUUGCUAGACGUGAUCACAGGCCGAGACCAUGGUGGCAAGAUGAAGUCGGGCCAAAUCUGGAUCAAUGGGAAGCCCAGCACGCGUCAGCUGGUGCGGAAGAGCGUGGCCCACGUGCGCCAGCAUGACCAGCUGCUCCCCAAUCUGACAGUCAGGGAGACCCUGGCCUUUGUGGCCCAGAUGCGGCUGCCCAGGACCUUCUCCCAGGCCCAGCGUGACAAAAGGGUGGAGGACGUGAUUGCAGAGCUGCGGCUGAGGCCCUGUGCCGACACCCGCGUGGGCAACAUGUAUGUGCGUGGGGUGUCUGGGGGUGAGCGCCGGAGGGUGAGCAUCGGGGUGCAGCUUCUGUGGAACCCAGGCAUCCUCAUGCUGGACGAGCCCACCUCCGGCCUCGACAGCUUCACCGCCCACAACCUGGUGAAAACCUUAUCCCGGCUGGCCAAAGGCAACAGGCUGGUGCUCAUCUCCGUCCACCAGCCCCGCUCCGACAUCUUCAGGCUGUUUGACUUGGUUCUCCUGAUGACAUCCGGCACCACCGUCUACCUGGGGGCGGCGCAGCACAUGAUCCAGUAUUUCACAGCCAUCGGCUACCCCUGUCCCCGCUACAGCAACCCUGCUGACUUCUAUGUGGACUUGACCAGCAUUGACAGACACAGCCGAGAGCAGGAAGUCGCCACCAUGGAGAAAGCUCAGUCGCUAGCGGCCUUGUUUCUAGAAAAAGUACGCGGCUUUGAUGACUUUGUGUGGAAAGCGGACUUGAGGGAGCUGGAUGCGGACACCCGUGCUGUGAGCCCAACCCUGCCACAGGACGCCGACUGCUCACCUCCUCAGCCAUCUGGGGCUGUACACCAAUUUGCCACCCUGAUCCGCCGUCAGCUUUCCAAUGACUUCCGAGACUUGCCAACUCUCCUCAUCCACGGAGCAGAGGCCUGCCUGCUGGCUCUCAUCAUCGGCUUCCUCUACUAUGGUCACGGGGCCACCAAGCUUUCCUUCAUGGACACAACAGCCCUCUUGUUCAUGAUCGGAGCACUUGUCCCUUUCAAUGUGAUUCUGGGUGUCACCUCCAAAUGUCACUCGGAGAGGGCCAUGCUGUACCACGAGAUGGAGGAUGGGCUGUACACCACUGGCCCCUACUUCUUUGCCAAGAUCCUAGGGGAGCUGCCUGAGCACUGCGCCUAUAUCAGCAUCUACGGGAUGACCAUCUACUGGCUGACCAACCUGCGGCCAGGCAUUGAGCCCUUCCUGCUGCACUUUGUACUGGUGUGGCUGGUGGUCUUCUGCUGCAGGACCAUGGCUCUGGCUGCCGCCGCCAUGCUGCCCACCUUCCACAUGUCCUCCUUCUUCUGCAACGCUUUCUAUAACUCCUUCUACCUCACCGGGGGCUUCAUGAUCAACUUGGACAAUCUGUGGAUAGCGCCUGCGUGGAUUUCCAAGGUGUCCUUCCUCCGGUGGUGUUUCUCAGGGCUGAUGAAAAUAGAGUUCAGUAGGCGCCCUAUCAUCAUGCAAGUCGGCAAUGCCACCUUCACUGUCCCAGGAGAUACAAUGCUCGACGCCAUGGACCUGAACUCAUACCCGCUCCACAUCAUCUACGUCAUCGUCAUGGGCAUCAGCAGUGGCUUCCUGUUCCUGUACUAUAUGUCCUUGAGAUUCAUCAAACAGAAGUCAAGUCAAGACUGGUGAUGCAUACCCAGGCUCCUGUGCACUGGUUGGGACUUGAGCAGCUUCUUGAUUGCACUCCCUGCCUCUCAAGAAGCCCCUUCCUGGUGACAAUUAGGACAAUGAGGAUCCAGACACUCAAUGACAUAUGCCCCAUGGUGCUGCAGUGGCACAGGUCAGCCACAGGAUGGCAGUAGAAUAAAGACAGUUGAAAGGGAAAUUGUGAUCACUGGCCAGAGCUUUGAAGGUGGGGAAGGAGAAAACAGGAACUUGGUGGCAUCUACAACAUUGAUAAUUUAUUUCCUUUGGAAAUGUCUUUAAAAAGGCAUCACAGGAUAGGAUGAAAGCAUGUUAGGCAUGAAUCCAGUAGCUGGGCUCCUCAGGAAUUGCUAGAACCCAGAGAGAACAAUGUAAUAGCUAGCAAAAUGUUUAGCCUCAUCCUUUAUACUUUCCCCAGACGGUGAGUUAAUGCCAUUCUCAAUAUAGUGACUUAAAUCA